CGAUGGACCAGCAGUUCUCUUAUGAGGCCAGUCGCGACAGUUACGAUGAUCGGGGUCUUGCGCAUGGCAUCCCACUGCGGGUGCACCGAGAAGGUCAUCGAGAGACCAAGGGUGCCCUUCGUGCCCAGUCAGACUGGAACCGUCUUGUAAGCCCCAUCAAGGGCUAUAAUGGUGGGUUGGGGCACAAGUACAGUUUCAUGCAGGUCACUGUACCGGGUUGCCUUCCUGAACGCCUGGAGAUUAUCUCUUAUGCCAAUGAAUUUGCUUUUCUAUACGACGGUGAAUAUCUAUCUGUCUUCCUCUCAUUCUCUUUUGACCCCGCUCGAUCGCAUGCGAUGGUAGACGCGUUCGGCGUCCCUACCAGCGGAUCGGAAGAACAGACAUUGUCAUCACCAUCAUCCUCUACAACAUCAUCACGAGCGAAUCGGCUGCAGGCACGAGUUUUUAAGGAGAUGAUCACGAUCGACAAGCCGAGGGCUAUCACCUCGAUGAAAGCCUGGUCGACCUUUCUGCAGUUGGCCUCUCGCAGUCGCGCGUGUCCGGCGCGGACGCUCCGAGAAUAUUUGCCGAUGAGAAUCAUCGAUGCAGGAGAGUUGAUUUGGUUUGGAACUUUGACCUUCGGCAUGGCUCUGACAAUUCCGGAGGACGAAUUGGAAAUUUGCAUGGAACUAGCCCGUCCAGGCUACGCGGCUAUCAGCCUCACUAAUGAUCUGUUCUCGUGGCCGAAAGAGCGGCAGGAUGCGGUACAGGCCAAGGUCGACUAUGUUUUCAAUGCGGUCUGGAUUAUCAUGGAGGAGGAAGGUCUAUCUGAAACGGCCGCCAUGCAGGUGUGCGAGGGCGAGAUACGUCGCUAUAUUGCCGAAUAUGAACAUAUAACAUGCAAUGCGCACCGGCAGCAGAAACUUUCGCGAGAUACGCUGGCAUAUUUGGAUGCUGUACGGUACAGUCAUGUAGGGAAUCUUGUGUGGAGUAUCUACUGCCCGAGAUAUCGAAUGUAG